UGCAAACCCCUCCCGCCAUCCCGGCUUAUCAGCCGGAGGAGACGCAUUCCUCACGGCUGCUCCCUCCGCAGGUCCCCGCUGGCCGGGCGCCCGCCGCCGCCUCCCGCCCGCCCGCGCCCCGGCGCCGCCCAGAGCCGCCCGCCCGGGCGGGCAGCGGCGCGGGGCCGCCGCGAGGCCGCCGCGAUGGCCGCGCCGCCGCCGCGCCGCUGAGGGCGGCCGCCGCGAUGCUGCCCCGGCGCAGGACCUUCGCCCUGGCGGCGCCCCGCGCCCGAGCAGGUAAGAAGAGCCCACCUGCUGAGGACACAGUAGUGCUAACACAUAUGAAGAUACUGAGCAAUGAAGGGAUUCAAAAUCCAGGGUUAAUACCCGAGCCUCCAGCUGACACAGACUGCACAGAAAAAUCCCAUCUUUCUGGUGUCAACCUCCCGCCAGACUGCCAGGGAAACCUGAAUGCAGUGGCCGCACCAGCAAAUCCAGAUUAUGCAGAUACCCCAGUGAGCACAGACUAUGUAGCCACACUGCCUGACCUCAGCACUUUUGAGUCCAAGUGCCAUUUUCACAGAUUCUCCAAAUUUGAAUCCGAGGACUCAGGGGUUGAACUGCCCAGUGGUGCUAAUUCUCCAUCAACGCCAACAGGUUCAGAAAAGAGCUUUGUGCUUCACGGCAGAGAUUCAUUUUGUGACUCCGGGGUGCUUAGCACCUCUUCUUCUCCAGAAAUUGACCAUCUGAUAAUGAGAACAUGUAAAGAGCGGGCCAGAAAAGGUAGCCACCAUGGCCCAGAGAGUGAAAAGCAAACUGAGUACUACAGCCAAGAGGUAGAUGCUGUGCAGGUUCCUACAGCUUCCCUUGAAGACUUCGGUGUCCCUCAGGAAAGAGAAAGUCCCAAACAACAUUUUGACCAAAGCAAAAGGCAACCUCUGGAAAAGCAACCUACCCAAGAGACAGACCUUCCCAGGGAAGACGCACUUCCUACCCCAGCUCCUGUUGAAGAGCCAAAGACAAUUGCUGACCACUACCCAGAGACCUUUGGCAGCACGCAAGACCUUCAGAUCCACGAACAUCAGCUGAAGAAGUACCCCACAAGUGACAGUCUGGAUGAAUACAUGGAUGAAUGCUGUAGACUGAGUGAGGUGAACCAAGGGAACAGCAAAGCCCUGGGAUCUGGCCUGGGAUAUCUGGAACACAUUUGCCAACUGAUUGAGAAGAUUGGGCAGCUACAGGAGCACAACCUGCGGCUCCAAAAGCAAGUGUGCAGCUUGCAGAAAGAGCAGAAGAUGAGCCACAUAAAGGAGGAGUACCUUCUGCAGCACUGCUCCUGUGGAGCUGCCAACAUCUUCCUCAACUCGUACCAAGAGGUGAAGACAUUUUUUGCUGGGAGAAGCAGACCUCACAGCCUCUUGGUUCAGACUGGAAACCCUUCAGAUCUCUCCAUCAUCCCAGAAAUAGGAGCGAACACUGAAAAGCUGAGCAGCUGCAGUGGAAAUGAGAGAUACCCGGAAUCAGGAAACAGCCAGCUGAUGAUAGGGCUCAGGAAGUCAUCGAACAAUAGGAGCAACAAGGAGAAUGAGUUCAGAGAAGCCUGUGGUGUGGCUGAGGGACAAGCUUUUCCACCAAAGGACCCUGCAGUAAGAAAGGGUCUGGACAUCAGUAAGAACAUCUCGGGUGAAAGCCAUGCUUGGGGAAGAAUGAGAGAUCUUAUGAGGAAGACACGGCUGAGAAACCAGAGCAAGCUGGGGCUGUCCUCUGCUGCUCUGAAGAGGUCCUGCCCACAACUGUACAGGCCAGAUAUUAUGUCUUCGGAGCUGAGGAAAACUGAGAGGAACUCUAUGAUUGUUCUGGGGCAAAAUACAAAGAAUGAAAACAUAUGGCCUUUCUGAUAACCCAAGUCAAAUGGAACAAGAAAGGAAAGCGCAGGAACACCAAUGGACACAGAACUGAAAAUGCCAGGUUUACUUUGUGCAACCUGCAUCCUACAUCUGUCAACAAGGCAACUGAUUUGGUGUUGAAAGAGAAAGAGGGAGCAGGGAGGUUGAAAGAGGUUUGUGGAAAGAUGUGCGCUCAGCUAUGCAUGGCUUCACUCCCAACUCUGAAGUAUACUUACAAAACCAAACCACGUGAAAACUAUAGUCAGUGUUUCAGCAACAUAACCAAUAGGGCCUUUUAAAUAAGAUUUGGUAAAACUUUCUCUGCUCUGGGUUUGGAACAGAACUACCUGAAGUACUAAAGCUUUUAAAUUAUCAUUGCUUUCUGGGGAUCUUCUCCAGCUGACUUACAGGAGAGAGCAGUACCUGGAGAAGUGACAGAGACCUUGUCUGGGGGCAGCAAUAGUUGAGGGGGAGAACAGCUUCCUCCCUCUAAGGAGGUUUGAGUUGCAGUCUCUGCUCACACCUACAGCAGCUCCUGCCCUUAGAGCUGCACCCAGCCAAUGGUGCAGGCUUGGUGGCAUCCAACAGAAGAACAAGUCUAUGAGGCAAAGAUACCCUAAGAGGCCAUUCCCAAAUCCACCCUUCACUUCCAAUUCUCUAAGGGUGCUUCUGCUGUGAAGGCCCCUUGACUUCAGUACUGCCCCAUGCAAAAAUUGUCUUCAGUGCAGGCUCAUUGCAGCAAGCAGAACAAGGGACACCAUGGGAAUCAUUGAGAGACCUGAGCGUGCAUCGAAGACCGUACCCAGCUCUCUGGCAGGCUGCCCUGUUAAUCUUUCAGGGGACCAAGUUUGAAUUCCCAGUUAAGUUACAAGUUAAGGACCCCUGGAGGCUGCAGUGGCCAUCUGAUGGUGUGUGCUGGACCUGCGUUUCUUCUGCUGGGAAAGAGCACAGGGGAGAGCAAGGCUGAAAGGAGGAGUUAUUCAGCCAUAUGCAUGCUUUAAAGGCUGCUUCUCUUCCCUCUUAAGGGCUGAUCUUUUGGGCCUUAGCUUCUUCAUAACACUAGGGCCAUGUUUGGUGACUGCCUUAUUGCCCUGUGUAAUUUCAGACUCAGGCUACAAGCAGCAUAUGCUUCUAGAGGUCCCAUGGCUGCUUUGGUCUCUGCGCACCAGCUCUUAUUGGUACUAGCAUUCACACCCAUGAGUAAGAAUUUAGACAAACCAUCUUUGCCUUUUGUUAGAAGACUAUUCUGCCCACUAAACUAUGAUUUGUGUUUAAAAAAAAAAGUCAAGUAACCACAGUUCAACACCCCCGCUCCCCACCCCUUCUUACUCACUUGGGAAUGGAGAUUUGAGAAGCCAGCAGGAGCAGGCCAGCUUUAGCAGGCUCAGCUUUUGAGUGAUAGAUGCCUCCCCUAUGCUCACCCAGAUCAGCUGGAGCCCCUGAAGUCCACAAACCAGGAGAGCCGAAUCUGAGAUUCAGAAUAUCCCAGUGCAGGAAGGUUGGUUUGAUCUCAGUCCCAGCAACAAGGAACAGCGUGAGGUGAAAGAGCUACUAUUGAUUGGAACAACAGGCCACACUACCAGCAUGGCUGUAGUUUGUGGGGGUGAUUGGAGGCAGCCCAGGCCUGUUUCUCCAACUGCUCAGAACACUUUCGGGGAAGUCCAGUAUGGCUGUUAACAUCUCAAGAAAAAAAGUUUGUGCUGACUCAGAGUUACACCUUGAUGCAGGUGCUGUGUUCAGUAUUUCAGCUGUCAUUAGUUUUAGCCGCUGCAAGAUUCAAAUAUUCACUGUAUAUCUUGCUAGCUUCAUCAAAAGCUAGAGAUUUAUAACUUGAUUAUUCUGUGAAUAGUCAGCAUAUCUCUAUGAAUACAGAGGGGCUAAAAUCCUACAUUAUCUUACACCUUCCAUUAUCCCUCCAGCUUUACAGAGACUGUAAGGAAUGUGAAUCAGUGCAGAACUGGACUUAAAGUCUUGUAAGAGAUAUCAUAAACUGGUAUUUUUAUAACUACAUUCCUCUUGUAUAGGUUUUUAAACUAGAAUGAACUAGCAUUUUUUUAAUACAGCAUUAUAUGAAAUAUAUUCAUGUAUUUCCAGAAAUGUAUUUAUAACAUGUAACAUACUGUAUAGUUCUCCACUCCAGGAUGCAUUGUAAUACAAGCAUAAAAUUUAAUAAAAAGCAUCACUAUUAUGAAAUAAA